AUUGACUGGUCAUAUGGUGUGGCUAAUCACGUAUAAAAGUCGAAUAGAUUUCGUCAAAAAAAAAAUUCAAAAAAUAGGUUAAAUGAGAGUUUUUUUUUUUUUUGUUUUGUUUUGUUUUGUUUUUUUUUAAUAAAAAAAAUACUCCGUAAGUACAUAAACCAUGCCUGAUGCUGUCUCCUAAACUCUCUACCACACCGCUUUCAUCUAAAACCUCACUCUCUCUCUCUUCACCCCCCAUCUCUUUCUCCCUCUACAAACCCAGCAUUCUUCCCCAGAAUUCUGCAAAUCAAUGGAAGCUUUUUAAUUUGAAAAACCCCCAAUUUAAUUAAUAAUUUAAACUUGUACUACUGCAAAAAAUCUGGGACCAUCUUCUUUAAUUUUUAAUUCCCCCUAAAACCCUAAAUUCCGCCGUUACGUAAAACCCCUUCUAGUAUAUAUUUUCUCUCUCCUCCUCAUCCCCUUUUCUUCUUCAUCUUCCCGCCCUUUCCCUUUACAAUUGGACCUUUUUUCUGCCAUUUUUGGGUUCUUCUUCUUGAUGAUUUUGUUGGGUUGUCAUUAAAAUUCUGCAAAAAGUUGCAGGAAAUGCUAAUUUUGUCUUCCAAUGCAGAAGCUACUGCGUCGCAGCCCACCUGGCUCUCCUCUCCUUCUCUGUUCUUCGUCUUCAUCUUCUUCGUCUGUUAAUCCCCUCUUUCUCUCUCCUUAUCCUUCAAAAACCCUCAAAAAACCCUGUUUUAAACCCCUUACUAUCUCCUCUAAUUUCCCAUUAGGGUUUUACGCUAAACCCACCUCUGUUAUUGCUUCCGAAUUCAUGCCUGUUUCAAAUUCCGCCGUUUUUUACUCUCGCCCUUGUAUUAAUUUCAUCCCCACUUCGUCGUUUUCCACUAAAGCUUCUUCAUUCUCUUCUCAGAGAUUUUCCGGCGGAGGUGGGAGUUGCCGGGUAUGCCGGUGUUCGGUGGAGGAUGGGCGGGACUUGCAGCGGCCAUGGGUUGUUUUGAAGGGAAUGCGAAACGGGUCUCGCUUAGCUUGGUUGCACAAUGCUGCUGGGAGUGGAGAUGAUAAGGGUAUGGUGGCGGGUGAAGUUGAAGCUGAAGCCGAGGUGGAGGAGAGGGAAGAUAGGGCGGAGGAAGGCGAGAAGCCGGCAAAGAUGCAAAGGAGAACAAGGGGAUUAGGUGGUAGUAGCUCGGUUUCCGGGCUCGUGGAAAGUCCUGAUUUGUUGACAAUACCUGGUGUUGGGCCUAGGAAUUUGAGGAAGCUGGUUGAGAAGGGUAUUGGUGGUGUUGAUGAUCUUAAGCAGCUUUAUAGAGAUAAGUUCUUUGGCAAGUCCAAUCAGACGAUGGUUGAAUAUCUCCAGAGUUCAGUGGGAAUUAUUCACAGAAACCAUGCUGAAAGUAUAACUACCUAUAUCAAAAAGAGUGUAGAUGAGGAAUUAAAGGACGACGGAUCUGAUUCAGGCAUUAGAUCACAAAACAGAAUCACCCUCUGUGUGGAGGGGAAUAUCAGUGUUGGAAAAACAACCUUCCUGAAAAGAAUAGUUAAUGAAACAGUUGAGCUACGUGACCUUGUUGAGAUUGUUCCUGAGCCCAUUGAUAAAUGGCAAGAUAUUGGACCUGAUCACUUUAAUAUUCUAGAUGCCUUUUAUGCUGACCCUCAGAGGUAUGCCUACACCUUUCAGAACUAUGUAUUUGUUACAAGGGUCAUGCAAGAGAGAGAUUCAUCUGCUGGAAUUCAGCCCUUGAGGCUGAUGGAGAGAAGUAUCUUCAGCGACAGGAUGGUUUUUGUACGAGCAGUCCAUGAAGCAAAAUGGAUGAAUGAGAUGGAGAUAAGCAUAUACGACUCUUGGUUUGAUCCAGUUGUUUCGUGUUUGCCGGGGCUUAUUCCUGAUGGUUUUAUCUACCUUAGAGCGAGCCCUGACACUUGCCAUAAAAGAAUGAUGCUACGUAAAAGAGAAGAAGAAGGUGGAGUUAGCUUGGAUUAUCUGCGAGGUCUGCAUGAAAAGCAUGAGAGCUGGCUUUUUCCCUUAGAAACUGGAAAUCAUGGAGUUGUCUCGGUCACUAAGCCUUUCUUUCAAUUGGAUAGGACUACAUAUCCUACUAUAAAUGAACGUGUAUGCUUCCUGGAGGGUGCUCACAUGCAUUCUAGCAUUCAAAAGGUUCCUGCUUUAAUUCUUGAUUGUGAGAAUGACAUUGAUUUUAACAGAGAUAUUGAUGCAAAGAGAGAUUAUGCACGACAAGUUGCCGAGUUUUUUGAGUUUGUGAAGAAAAACAAAGAGCUUCAACCUCUUCCCCAAGCUGGUGAAGAAGCUGGCAAGCCACAGGUUCUUCUUCCCAAUAAUAAUGAUAUAUGGGUGCCUGGAGGAAAACAUUUUCCCAAGUCAGCUCUUCAAUCCUUGGAUUUUAGGCAGGCGAUGUCACUGUUCUCUGGCUAAUAUCUCUUCAAUCAGUGUUGCUGAACUUUUAGAGGUGUCGAGAGGCACCAAUUUUGUGUAGUAUGGAGCCUUAAGAUGACACUGCUUUUUACGUGUUAAAUGAUUUGUUCUAACCCUUAACCUUUGUGUCGGAGAGAUGUAGAUAGGGUUGUUUUGGUCGUGGAUGCUGUGAUGUUCGUUCGAUGUUUAUCUGCCUCUUUGUUCAAGCAUUGUUCAUAGUAGAUGGUUUGGUUAAUAGAUGUUAUGUUCUGUACAUUGUAGAACUGCACUUUCCUGCUCUGCAGAUGGUAGUCCAAAUCGCAGCUUGUUGGUUGACUAUUUCAUUGCACGUAGAAUAACAUUUGGUAUAGUCUAAA